UUCCCGGGUGAAGGCCGGGCGCCUGGCGCCCCAGGCCGCGCUCCCGGGAGCUCUGGCCUCUCACCGGCGGGGAGGCGGGGCCGGAGGAGGGGCUGGGACGGUGGGGUUGGGCCGGCGGGAUUGGGCCGGCGGGGCGGGGUUCGCGCCCAGUGCCCGGGACUCCGCAGCAGCUUCCCCUGCAGGUCUCCAGCAGGCGAGCGGCUCGGUCGCCCUCUCCAGCCCCAUGGCAGCCCCUGGCUCCCCGGCUGAGUGCGGCUACAUCCGGACGGUCCUGGGCCAGCAGAUCCUGGGGCAGCUGGACAGCUCCAGCCUGGCCCUGCCCUCUGAGGCCAAGCUGAAGCUGGCAGGAAGCAGCGGUCGCAGCGGCCAGGCGGUCAAGAGCCUCCGGAUCCAGGAGCAGGUGCAGCAGACCCUGGCCCGGAAGGGCCGCAAUUUCGUGGGCAACGGAAAUCUUCACCGAACUAGCAGUGUUCCUGAAUAUGUCUACAAUCUACACUUGGUUGAAAAUGAUUUUGCUGGUGGGCGUUACCCUGUUACUCAAACUUAUGAUGUGCUAAAGACAGGCACGGCCGCCACUUACGAAGGUCGCUGGGGGAGAGGAACUUCACAGUACAGUUCCCAGAAGUCAGUGGAAGAGAGGUCCUUGAGGCAGCCUUUGAGGAGGCUUGAGAUUUCCCCGGACAGCAGCCCCGAGAGGGUUCCGUACCCUCACAGUGAGCACCAGUACAGCCAGAGAAGCCAGGCGGGGCUCACGCUGCGGCACCAGGAGAACCGGAGGUCCACCCUUCUCGCGCCGCCCAGAUACGCGCGCUCGGAGAUCGUGGGCUUCAGCCACUCGGGGGCAGCGAGCCGCCAGCGCCUCUACGACACCUACCACCGGCGGUACCACUAUGGGGCUUUUCAAGACGUCUUGGACGGCGCCCCGGCCCACCCCAUGGUGCUCACACACCCUAGGCCCGGCACCAGCCACAGCCUGGGCAACCUCCUGGAGAAGGAGAACUACGUGACCUCCGGGCCGGCCGCGGGGCAGGCCCGGCCGGCGCCCUCGCAGGGGGGCACGCAGAGCCGGGCGGCAAGGUCGUCCUGGCACCAGAGCUCCUUCCAUAGCACGCGCACGCUAAGGGAGGCCACAGCCGUGGAGUCGGGCAACAGGAAGACGCACAUGACCGUGGGCCAAGUGGCAGCAGGAGGAAGUGGGAACAUGCUCUCUGAGAGAAGCACUUUCACCGAUGCUCAGCUUGGGAAUGCAGACGUGGAGAUGACUCUGGAGCGAGCAGUGAGUAUGCUUGAGGCAGACCACACGCUACCAUCCAGGAUUUCUGCUGCAGCCACUUUCAUACAGCAUGAGUGCUUCCAGAAAUCUGAAGCACGGAAAAGGGUUAAUCAGCUUCAUGGCAUCCCCAAGCUUCUACAGCUCCUAAAAGUUCAGAAUGAAGAUGUCCAGCGAGCUGUGUGUGGGGCCUUGAGAAACUUGGUGUUUGAAGACAAUGACAACAAAUUGGAGGUAGCUGAGCUCAAUGGAGUACCUCGGCUGCUCCAGGUGCUGAAGCAAACCAGAGACUUGGAGACUAAGAAGCAGAUAACAGGUUUGCUGUGGAAUUUGUCCUCUAACGACAAACUUAAGAAUCUCAUGAUAACAGAAGCCUUGCUUACCAUGACUGAGAAUAUCAUCAUCCCCUUUUCGGGAUGGCCAGAAGGAGACUACCCCAAAGCGAAUGGUUUGCUUGAUUUCGAUAUAUUCUACAAUGUCACAGGAUGCCUAAGAAACAUGAGUUCAGCUGGCCCUGAAGGGAGGAAAGUGAUGAGAAGGUGUGAAGGACUGAUUGACUCACUGGUCCAUUAUGUCAGAGGAACCAUUGCAGAUUACCAGCCAGAUGACAAGGCCACAGAGAACUGUGUGUGCAUUCUUCAUAACCUCUCCUACCAGCUGGAGGCAGAGCUCCCAGAAAAAUAUUCCCAGAGUAUCUAUAUUCAAAACCGGAAUAUCCAGCCUGACAACAACAAAAGUAUUGGGUGUUUUGGCAGUCGAAGCCGGAAAGUAAAAGAGCAGUACCAAGACAUGCCAAUGCCAGAGGAAAAGAGCAACCCCAAGGGUGUGGAGUGGCUGUGGCACUCCAUUGUGAUACGGAUGUAUUUGUCCCUGAUCGCCAAGAGCGCCCGAAACUACACCCAGGAAGCAUCUUUGGGAGCUCUCCAGAAUCUCACAGCUGGAAGUGGACCAAUGCCGACAUCGGUAGCUCAGACAGUUGUCCAGAAGGAAAAUGGCCUUCAGCAUACACGAAAGAUGCUGCAUGUUGGUGAUCUAAGUGUGAGAAAGACUGCAGUCUCCCUGCUGAGGAAUCUGUCUCGGAAUCUUACUCUGCAGAAUGAAAUUGCCAAAGAAACUCUGCCUGAUUUGGUUUCCAUAAUUCCCGACACAGUCCCAAGUACUGACCUUCUCAUUGAAACUACAGCCUCUGCCUGUUACACACUGAAUAACAUAAUCCAAAAUAGUUACCAGAAUGCACGGGAUCUUCUAAACACUGGAGGCCUACAGAAAAUUAUGACCAUAAGUGCUGGUGACAGCUAUUCCACCAACAAAGCAAGUAAAGCUGCCUCUGUUCUCCUAUAUUCUCUAUGGACGCACACAGAGCUCCAUAAUGCCUAUAAGAAGGCUCAAUUUAAGAAGACAGAUUUUGUCAACAGCCGGACGGCCAAAGCCUACCACUCCCUGAAAGACUGAAGAACAUGAAUGAAAAAGUGCUCUCAGAAACAUGAACUUCAUCAUUCUCAGUCCCAAAAAGCCCCAAAGGAAAACACCUAUUUUUCUACUGCCCAGCCCAAGAAACCUUAAAAACGCAUGCCCUGUUUCUAUCCUUUUCUAUUUCCAUAGCCCCCAGGAUCCAGAAAACACAUAAGCAGAAUGUAAUUUUUUUUAGUCUUCCAGAAGACUUCUGCAAGUUUGCCACCAGUAGAUACUGGCAACAGGCUCGAUUUUGCCCUCUACAAAUAGUGGUCUUUUUGAUCAGGGCUGACGGGGCAUGGCCUCCUAGAAUCAAAAUGUGAAUUACUGUGGAAUGGACAUUAACAGAAUGAAUAAGGAAGGAAGCUCUUAUAUUACUAGGAUUUUAAAAGUUUGAUUUUCAUUUGUGUUCCUUUUCUGGUUUCCAUAUUUUGUCACUCACAUGCAUGAUGCUUCACCAUUGAGCCAUGAGUAUAUUGUUCUGCAGUGCUGAAACAGAAUGGAAACAACAAGAAAUAUUUAUGGAGUUAUCCAGAAAAAAAAUUUAAUGGCAGAAUUCCUUGUUUGUUUACUUUGUGCUUGUUUUUAUACUCUUGAAUUUUUUUUCUCUGAUUUUCAAUGAACUUAAGAAAUUUAGAUCACAGAGCAUGCAUGACUGUAAUCAAAAGAAAUUGAAAAGAAGUAAUUGGAGUUUCUGCUGUGGCAGAAUGGAAUUGGGAGCAUCUCUGCAGCAUGAGGACACAGGUUGGAUCCCCAGUCCAGCAAAAUGGGUUAAAGGAUCUGGUGUUGCCACCUCAGCUGUGGCUCAGAUCUGAUCCCUGCCCUGGGAAUUCCCUAUGCCUCAGGGGAGCCAAAAAAGUAAAAAUGAAAAGUGAUCAUAGCAAAAUUUAAGGCACCUAUGGUUAUGAAAUUCAGUGUUUCCUGUAAAACCCUGAGCAAAUGGGAUUUUUGCUCAAGGAAGUGCUUUACCUAUAACACCAUUAAAUGCAAAUCUCUUCUGACAGUAGCAUGCAGUGUAAUCUAUUUCCUGGACUUCUUCAGCCACUGAAGUGGGCCGGUGGAAGAAUGGACUCAACUAUUUGGCUACUUUUGAACCCAGCCUCUCAGACUGCUGCACUAGCCAGGGCCCUGAAAACACAGCUCAUUUUAAUGAAUUACAUUAUCAACCAGCCCUACUUUGCCCAACAUUUAAAAAAUCCUGGGAGUUCCCAUUGUGGUGCAGUGGAAACAAAUCCAACUAGUAUCCAUGAGGAUGCGGGUUAGAUCCCUGGCCUUGCUCAGUGGAUCAAGGGACCAGCAUUGCUGUGAGCUGUGGUGUAGGUGGCAGACACGGCUCAGAUCCUGUAUUGCUGUGGCCAGCAGCUGUAGCUCUGAUUCAACCCUAGCCUGAGAACCUCCAUAUGCCACAGUAUAACCCUAAAAAGCAAAAAAAAAAAAAAAAAAAAAAUCCUACAGAACCACUAAAUCUCAUGUGAUCUUCCUCAGGUCAUUAUUUUAAGUCAAGGAAAUACUAGAGAAAAAAAAAAUGAAGAUAUAUUGAGAAAAAUGUGUCUAGACCAUCCAGAAGUGAUAUAAGAAAUACUGUUUAAAAGUUGAUGGAGUUCCUUUGUGGUGCAGUGGGUUAAGGAUCUGAUGUUAUCACUGCAGUGGCUUGGGUCACUGCCAUGGCAUGGGUUCAGCCCCUGGCCUGGGAACUUCCAUAUGCCAUGGGUGCAGCCAAAAAGAAAGAAAAAAAGGUUGAAAACAUCAUCUAUUGAAGUGAAUCUAUAUUAAAUGUUAUUUUAACUGGGGUGUGAUUCAUAUCAUUCAUAUAGAUUUAGUCUUCUUAACUAUAAUUGUUAUAUUUUGCUUUUUUAAAAAAUAUUUGUUAUAAGAAAAGUAAGAACAACAACAAAAAAUCCUUCAACUCCUUUUGGCCAGAAAAGUGUAAUAGGAAAUAAAUUGCCAUUUUGAAUUUGAAUGUGUACUUAAGUUUUGGGGUUUUUUUUCCACUGUACAGUAUGGGGACCAAGUUACACAUACAUGUAUGCAUAAUUUUUCCUCCCAUUAUUGUGUUGCGAUAUGUACGAUUUGUUUGGAACUUAAAAAAGUUUUUUUCAGUUUUCAAAGCUCAAUAAAAAAGGCUUAGGUUACUAACCUA